CGUAUGUGAUCACGUGUUGUUUGUGCUUUGGCCGCUCGACUUGUGUACAGGCGGAGAAGAGAGCGAGUUGCUAACAACUAGCCGGAGAAACGCAAUUGAACGUGGCCAUGCUGCACACGGUAGGCUUCAUCUCUUAAAACGGGGCCGAGUGCAAUAGCCGUUUUGAUGGCACAAGGGCGAAGGGACAAUUUUUCCAAAAACUAACUAAAGAAAUAACGAUAAAAAACACCGCCGCCCGGCGAAUUGUGCAAAUCUGAGCCGUGCAUUAGCUGGCCUAGCCGGACUCGGGCACUCGUCUCCCUACACAAGAAUGGGGUAGUGGUCCACUUGGAUUAGCUUACAAGUAAAGUGACCUUUGAAUGCGUUCUCGGAUGGCAAAUUUCACGAAUUAUCAGGAAGGCAAGGCAACCAAGUUGAUGCUGGAGACGCAGCAGAGAACCGUGGGGUCCAAAUCUGCCGACGCAAACGUAGACGGCUCGGUCAGGGAACCCCCUUCCCCGAUAAUUAACAUCAGCGGUGGAGGAGGGGGAAGCGGCGGCGGCGGCUUUCGUUGUCAUCAGUUGCCGCCCUCCUACCACCACCACCUUGAGUCGUAUCACUACGAGCUGGCGUCGCAUCAUCAUCUUCACCAUCUCUCCGCGGAUGUCGCCGAGUCCCCGGGCAAAAAAUCGUCGUCCCCGGUGGAGCACAGCAGCAGCAGCACCAGCAGCGGCGGCGGCCUUGCGUACGAGACUGGCGGCUUGUCAAACCCACCGGAUGCAGUGGACGACAUUCGAAAGUGCGGCUACCUGCGCAAGCAAAAGCAUGGACAUAAGCGUUUCUUCGUGCUUCGCGCCUCCAGCCACCUGGGUCCCAGCCGUCUGGAGUACUACGACAAUGAGAAGAAAUUCCGGAGCACCUUGCGCGGGGGAGCCGGCCCGGUGGGCCCUUCCUCCCCAAAGAGGGUGAUUUACCUCUACCAAUGCUUCACUGUCAACAAGAGGGCAGACUCAAAAAACAAACACCUCAUUGCCCUUUACACUAAGGAUGAGUACUUUGCUAUUGUGGCUGAGAGUGAGCAGGACCAGGAGGACUGGUACGUGGCUAUCAGCGAGUUGAUGAACGAGGGCAGAAAGGGGCAUUUAAUUACGGAUGAUUUAGAUGACGGAUAUGGUACGGUCACCCCCGGCACCGUUUUCAAGGAGGUGUGGCAUGUGAACGUCAAACCCAAAGGACUGGGUCAAACUAAAAACCUCACGGGCUUGUAUCGCCUGUGCCUCUCGUCCAAAACCCUUCACCUGAUCAAGCUGAACUCGGAGACCCCCUGCGUGAACCAGCACCUGAUGAACAUCAGGCGCUGCGGAAAUUCCGAAAGCUUCUUUUUCAUCGAGGUGGGCCGCUUCUCGUCGAUCGGGCCGGGGGAGAUAUGGAUGCAGGUGGACGACUCGGUGGUGGCGCAGAAAAUGCACGAGACUCUCCUCAAUACCAUGAAGGCUCUCAAGGCAUACGUGGAGGUCAGGCCCCGGAGUAAGAGCCAGUCAUCGGGCUCCAAUCCCAUGCCGUUUGUCACCACGCACCGCCACCUAAGCAACCUGCCGCCAAGCCAGACGGGCCUGCAGCGGCGAUCCAGGCUGGAAUCGGCGGUGGGAACGCCGCCGUCCAGUAAGAGCUCGGGUGCCAGCGGUUACCGCUUCCGCACAUCCAGCGAGGGGGAGGGCACCAUGAGCCGGCUCUUUCGUUCCACCACGGGAAGCCUGGUCCACCUGAAUUCGGGGCGUCCUCAUCUUGGCCGCGCCGAGGGCGAUCAGGCCGGCAGUGGCGGCGCCGCGACGGGAAACGCCGGCGGCGGGCGCCACGUGCGGGCCGCCCCGGGGUCGUCGACCUCCAACUACCACGCCCGCUCCGCCUCCCUCCCGGUGUCCCACCCUUUCACCACAAGCCCGGUGAGCGUGUCCUCCAGCAGCGGCCACGGUUCCGUCUCGGACACGCUCACCCGCCCGUCCAGCGCUUCGAUAUGCGGCUCUCCAUCCGACGGCGGCUUCAACUCCUCUGACGAGUACGGAUCCAGCCCCGGUGACUUCAGGUACUUCAGGGUGCGCAGCAACACCCCCGAUUCCCUGGGCAACACCCCGCCGAUCAGAGAGGAGAACUGCCUGAGUGACUACAUGGCCGUGGGCUGGAACCGGGAGGCGUUUGGCGCCGGCUCCGGGAACAACAGCGGCGCCAACACGCCGCGAGACGAGAGCACGUCCACGACCGAGGACGAACGCUUUUUUCCGCACAGGAGGAGGAGAAGCGCCGGACCCGGAGUAGUAGCCGUUUAUCCAAAAAUGACUCAAACCAAUUUUUCCUCGGAAGAAGGGGCCGACGCCUCGGGCGGCUCCUGCUCCGAGCAGGGCCAGCAGAACCGCUCGUCGACGUCGCUCUCCUCCACCAAGGAAGAUAGCGGCUACGUGGCCAUGUUGCACGGCGCUGCUCCGUCGCCGAGGGACGCGCCUCCCGACUACGUUCCCAUGCAUCCCGGCUUUCAUCCCGUUUCCCACCCCCAUCAAUUUCAGAGCCCGACUUUGGGUCCGCGCUCGGCCAAGCCCCAGCCGCAGUCCUCCGUCGACACCCACGGCUACAUGAUGAUGCUACCGGGAUGCCGCGGCGGCUCUCCUUCCCCGGCGCGGACCUCCCGCGGUGGCUCCGGCGCGGCGUCUGCCGGCGGGAGCGACGGCGUCGCGGAGAGACCGGCGAAUGCGGCCUACAUGGACAUGUCAUGCGCCGGCGGUGCUGGGCAGAAGUCGGAAGGCAGCGGCGCGUCCCACGGCGCCGACGCCUGGAGGUCUUUCAGCCCUUAUUUUUCGCUCCCUCGCUCCUACAAGGCGCCCACCGGAGAGCGCGACCAGAAGGAGUGCGACGACUACGUUCCAAUGGCUUCUCUGGCCAAGGCGGUCCACUCGUCAGUCGCCACGGCUUCCCUAUCCACGCCUGAGAGGGGCUGCGGUUGCACCUCCACACCCUCGCACCCACCCCCGCCUUACGGAGCCCACCACGCCACGGCCGACGGGCGCGUCGCCAGACCCAACCGCCUCCCUUUAGGCAGGAGAAGUUUCCACGGUCUGCCGCGAGUCAGUGAACCCUCCGCCUCACCCGCGCUUACCUCCACCUCGGCCCCCGCAGCCGGGCCCCCACCUGGAAGGCCCUCGAGUCCCGGAGAGUAUAUCAACAUCGACUUUGGUGAUCAUUACCCCCGCCAACAGCAGCCCCCCGCCUACGCGCUUUCCACCAACGAUGAAGCCCCCCCCACCCUGGCAUCCGGCGACCACCGUCGAACCCCUCCCUUGCCCCAAACCAGUCAAGACUACAUGAGCAUGGAGGUGGGCCGCGAGCAUCGGGACAGCGCCGGGUGUCUAGACAAGAGCCAGUCGCCUCGACCCAGCCUGGUGGCCCCCUGGAACCCGCCCAGCUAUAUCCGACCCUUGGCUAGCAAUCCCGCCGCCCCGGCCUCCCCCGGGGUCCACGCCGGAGGUCACUGGAGGUCGGCGGGCGACGACUACACGAAUAUGAUAUACAGCAGGAAGAGCGAAAGGACUCCGGCGAACCCCGCCGACGUGCUGCAGCAUCUCUGCGUGCUGGAGGGAUGUUACGGGCACGCUUCCUCCUCCAUACCCCCCACGUUGCCCCCGAGGAGCCCGCCGCACCCCCUGGAGCCCAAGGUCGUCCGGGCCGACCCUCAAGGCAGGAGGAGACACAGCUCGGAAACCUUCUCCUCCACCUCCUCCUCUACUUCAACGCCUUCCGGGGGACCGUCUUCCGCGACCCACUUGACGCCGGCGGACCCCCCGCCCUCAAACGGUUCACACGCUCCUGAAGUCCAAGCCUCAAGAUGCGCCGGCUUGGCGUCUUUCGACAGCGCGUGGAUGUCUGUGGAAAGCCGCGGGGACCCGCCGGUUGACCGAGCUCCGGUCGGCUCGUCAGACCCGGCGGGCGUGGCAACCGGCGCCCCGGCGUCCCCCUCGACCCCGACCAGCAGAAUGUACGGAAGCGACGCGUCUGUGGGAUACCAAAAUGGCCUCAACUACAUCGCCUUGGAGGUGAGAGAUGUCGGGAGCUGUGCGGACGCAACCCCGUCGACGGGUGUCGCCGAGGGCUCGGCGAUGCCGGAGAACGGGGCCUACGCCAGUCUCGACAAAUCAGACGUCCCCAUGACAACCCAGGACUGAGCAGCAGCAGCGACAGAGGAGCCCCCCCCCCCCGCCCCCCCCCCCAAAAAUUGGACUGAGAUGUUCUGUUCUGCACGCAGAAGACAACGAAGGAGAUGACAGAGAAAGGCUUGCAUCUUUUUCAUUCAUAUCAGCUGUCUCGCGUGUUAUUUUCCUUAUGUUUUAUAUGCAAAAUUUCAGUCACUUUUAUUUGAUUUUUUUUUUUUUUUAAAUUUUUGGUUGCUGCUCUCCCCCAGUCGACGCUCUCCGCCACGCGAUCUUGUUAGCAGGCGGUUCAACUUCCUCGCGCGGUAUUAAAAAGGGAGCCAUUACGGUGCAGUCUUGAUAGAAUCGUCAUUUUUAUUGUUUCGUUUUUUUUUUUUUUUUUUUUUUUUUAACCCAUCCAGGUACCUCUAUGGUACCGUACAGUUAUUACGUGGUGGACAAAGUUGUUGAGUGAGAAUGUGUGUGUGUAUAUAUAUCCAAUAUAUCUUAUUAUUUUUGCUCCUCUUGGGACGCACGCGCUGGUUCACUUGACCUAAAAUGGCUUCCUGGUCCCAAACUGGGAAAUCCAAGUUCCUUUCGUACACUUGCACAUAUUAUUUAUUUGAGGUUCAAAUAGUUCCGGUACAUUUCGUAGCUCCCCGGCUAGGGAGGAGUUAGCGCACGCUCAUGAAAAGACGAAGAGUUUUUUUGUUUUUUUUUAAUUAUUCAAUUAAACAUUCUCCAUUUUACCUCACGUGAUGCACGGUACAGUGCCUCGCAAGGAAUGCACACGCACUUCGUGGCACAAAUUUUGAGUUUUUCCGCCGAUGUGGAUGGUUCUAGAAAUGCGGGCAAGAUGUUCCGUGUACUUUUCUGUGCUAUUGUAAACUUGGUCCUUUUUUUAAUAGAGCAAGAGUGCUAUUAUUCAACAAACUGGGCUUUUUUUUUUUUUUUCUUCAGUUCACUCGCUACCCUUAUUUAUGUUUUAUUUAAACGGUUUAUCACAUGACAGUAUUUCAAACCGGGUCGGAUUGGAUGGAACAAGCAUCCACGUCACUAAAGUGUUCACAAAUGGCUGGAAAGAAUGAAGACUUAAGAAUUAAGUUUCAUUCCGUCGUCAGAGAGGAGUUCAUUGCAUCGUUCUUAUGCAAGCUUUGGGUUUCUCGACUUUCCUUGAUUUGUAUUUUAGCUGACGCCGGAGAGGAGCGUUGCUAUUUUUUAUUUUUUAUUUUAUUUUCGUGGCAUCCAGGCAAUCCUGCAAACAAAGCGGUACAUGCCCGGUCUUUUUCUUUUGCGGCAUUUUGAAGUUAUUUGUAUUAUAAAAUUGGUGAUAAUUUUUUUUUUUUUUGUAACUAUAUUACAGUUUAUUUGCUGCUGUGUAGUAAGUACAGUUCAGGUUGACGAGUAGGCCUCUGUGAAGAGGUGUACCUCCUGCUACUUGUGUUCUUUUCCCAGUUGAAUGCUGUUUGUUCAUAUUAGCCUUACAGAAAAGAGUUCAAUAGCGGGAAGGUGUUUUUCCCCUCGUACAACCUCCAUUUGGGGG